UUCUUUCCGUCCAUGUAAUCGUAAUUUUUUCUGUACUGCAUGAAUCAGAGACGCUGUAUUUGAAGUUUGUGUGUUUUAAAUAUAAACAAUUGUAUAGGUAAAAAGUAUUUGUAAAGAAAUGUUUUUUUUUUCUUAACAUCAAAAAGUCACAAAUUUAGAAAAAUAUAAGAAUAGGACCACUGGAACGUCACCAUUUUUAGUGUGUGACGUCACCGUCUUGCCCUGGAAUACUAUUGUACGAAUAUCCCGGCAUGCCCGACCGAUAACCCCACCCUGCGCUGUCAGAUUUGUGUGUGGCUGUGUGCUUAGCACUGUGACUGUGUUUAAUGUCGGCACCAACACCGAAUCCGACUAGAUGUUUUGUCGUGUGAAAUUCUCGAAGGGGCAGCCUUUCUGCGCCCUAUAGCCCUUAAUCAGGGCUGGAGUUGGCAGAAGGAUUUGCUAAUUUAUUCGCUUUGAUGUUGGAUUAUCGUUUAUGAUUGGAUUUUUGCUUCGAACUGGCAAAAUUAGUGACGGUUGUUGACAGCAUGGGGUGCUUUCCUCGACAGAACAGAGACGACGAAGAUGACAAACUUAGAAGAGAAGCUAAUAAGAAAAUAGAAAAACAGCUUGCUAAGGAUAAACUGUUAUAUAGGGGAACACAUCGGUUGUUAUUAUUGGGUGCUGGAGAAUCAGGGAAAUCAACUAUUGUAAAGCAAAUGCGAAUUUUGCAUGUCAAUGGAUUUAGUGCAGAAGAAAGAAAGCAAAAAAUUGAAGACAUUAAACGGAAUGUCAGAGAUGCUAUUUUGACUAUAACAGGAGCUAUGAGCACACUUAAUCCUCCUGUACAUCUAGAGAACCCCUCAAAUAAAGCCAAAGUGGAUUAUAUUCAAGACAAAGCAAGUCAAGCAGAAUUUGAUUAUCCUGCGAUAUUUUAUGAAUAUACUGAAAUAUUAUGGAAGGAUAAAGGAGUGCAGGCUGCUUUUGAAAGAUCUAAUGAAUACCAGCUAAUUGACUGUGCACAAUAUUUUUUAGAUAGAGUUCACUUAAUAAAGCAACCAGAGUACACUCCUUCUGAACAAGAUAUACUUAGAUGUCGUGUGCUAACAUCAGGGAUAUUUGAAACAAAGUUCAGUGUGGAUAAAGUGAAUUUUCACAUGUUUGAUGUAGGAGGCCAGCGAGAUGAAAGACGUAAAUGGAUUCAGUGUUUUAAUGAUGUGACAGCAAUCAUCUUUGUUACAGCUUGUAGUGGAUACAAUAUGGUGUUACGAGAAGAUGCUACUCAGAAUCGAUUAAGAGAGUCUUUAGAUCUUUUUAAAAGUAUUUGGAACAAUAGGUGGCUGAGAACAAUAUCAGUGAUUUUGUUUUUAAAUAAACAAGAUCUAUUAGCUGAAAAGGUUAAAGCUGGAAAAUCAAAGAUUGAAGAUUAUUUCCCUGAAUAUGCCAGAUACCAGGUACCACCUGAUGCCUCAUCUGAACCGGGAGAUGACCCUGAGGUAGUCAGAGCAAAGUAUUUUAUUAGGGAUGAAUUUUUGAGAAUCAGCACAGCAAGUGGAGAUGGUAGGCACUAUUGCUAUCCUCAUUUUACAUGUGCAGUUGAUACAGAAAAUAUCCGCAGAGUGUUUGACGACUGUAGAGAUAUCAUUCAGCGAAUGCACCUACGACAAUAUGAGCUUCUGUGAUUUUGGCCAGCUCAAUUGCUGAACUACUAUUUUCUAUUGUGAUGCAUCUCUGCUUUUUGUUGGCCGUGUGUGUGUUUCUGUAUGUUUGAAUUCAAGGAUGUACGCCACCGUCUCAAGAGGAUGGAAGCAGAAAGGCUGGCUGUGAAAGGGGCUCGGCGCUUCCAGUGACUCUCUUCCGUCCCUCUCCCUUGCCUUGCCAUACAGCUGAAAACCUCAUUUGUUGGUCCUGCUUACUAAACAAAGAGAAAUUAUUCUGGGCUACCAUCCUGGAGUCUUUAAAAAAAAAAACAUUUUCUGGCAAGGCUGAGGGCUUAAUAUUAUUACUGACAAUGACAUUAUUGCUGCUGCCACGAGGCAGUGAGGCAUUGCGACAACUGAUGUGAUAUAUGUGAUAGUGUGGCACCUUCUAGCCGCUUAGACUAUGCUACCUAUAUAGUAUAAAUCAAGUACAAACAAUCUCUAUCAGAGCUAGUGAGACACAGGUGUGAGGAUGUAUUGUGCUGCUUUCAGUUGAUGUUAUUAUGUUUGUUGUGGACUCUGACAUUUGAUCUGGUUUAUGGAUGUUUAGUCAAUGCUCAACAAUUAGAAUGGAAUGCUAAGAGAUAGUAACAAUAACCUUUUGUACUUCAAUAACAAUGUAAUCAUAAGUAAACACAGUUUAAUUCCACAGUUUUUAUUUUUUAAAUGUAGCUACCAUCAUUUUAUUUCUUUGCCAAAAGUUAGGAGCACAAUGAGGGAGAGAAAUGUGUUUUAUACUUUCACAUUGUUUUAUUGUGUGGAGGUGUCAGUGAAUGUUCUCUGACAACCAACUGAAACUCUAUGAAUUGAAUAAAUGUCACACCUAACUCUCAUGUUAGAUGCUAGCAUCUGUUUUUUUUUUUAUGUGUCAUCCAGUGAAGGUAGUCAAUGGACUCUUCAGCCAAUAUAGGGGUUGUAUAUGAACCAUAGUUUGAAAGGAUCUAAAGAUGCUCCUGGUCAUUCAAUUUUUUUAUACGUUGAAAAAAAUCCUGGUCGCUACAGUUGUAAGUCUUCAUGGAAGACUAAGAAGGCUGUGCAUACUAGAAGAUGCAACUACAUUAAACAAUUGACCAAUUGAAGUAUUGUUGUAGUUUCUGUAAAUUAUUUGAUUCACCCCUCCUACCCAAACCAUUAUUACAUGCUUAAAGCUUGUGUUGAUUUGCAUUCGGUUAAAUUGGUAUUGAUUUAUUUUGAAUCUUUCAAAUUGAUUACUCCUAUCUAUCUCUACUCUAUAUUUGUGUAAAUAGAGAUACAGCAUAGUGCAUGGAAGAAUGAAUAAGGUCUUAUUCAAACAAAACACACAAUUUAAACACAAACUUAUUGGACUUGGUCCUUGUGGUUGACUGCUGGCAAAUAUUUAACAUCAAGUGUGAUAGACUGGGGAAUACUUCUUGAUUUGUAAGCAUAGUUUAUUUAAUUAUUAUUAUUUUAUUUUUUUUUCUAAUGAAUUUCUGCAAACCUGAUUGACAUCAGUUGCGUGUAUGUAAUUCUAGACUUGUACAUCUGUUGAGACUAUUCUUUUCUUUACCAAUGUAUGUAUGUGAUUAUACACAUUAAUAGAUGUGUUAAUUCGAUUAUGCUUGUGUGUAGAUUAUAUAUAUAUAUAUAUAUAUAUAUAUAUAUAUAUAUAUAUAUAUAGCUUCAAAACAUCAAUCCCCUUAAAAAAAAAACAAUAAUUUGAUUGAAAUAACCAACCUUCCUAUGGACAAAUGUUCUUGUCCUGAUGAAACUGCUCAGCUGGAUUUUAUCGUAUUCUCUGUUUGCUGUUUGUUUGAUUGUUAUUGUUUCUUAGGUUUUUAAAACAAAUUGUUACAUUUAAUAUUAUUUUAAACCUUUGUUUUUUACUUGAUUAUUUCAAAAAGAUGAUGAUUGCUAUUACCUACUAGUAUCAAUAGUCGAUUAAAAUAUCAUUUUAAACUCAUUGAGUGAAACAAAUAGACAUGUUAGUUUUAUUUAUUUUUUUUUUUUAUUAAAAACAAAAACAAACUAAAACAACAACAUAUAUUGUGAUCUCAAUAUAUAUUUAUAUAUAGACAUAUUUACACACACACACACACCACAGACAAGCAAAUACCCACAGUACUUUUGGUUGUCAGUAUUUGGCUUUAAUUUCCAAUGUUUUCUAAUUUGUGCCUCUACUUGUCAAAGAUAAUCAGAAAAGAUCUAUAUUUCACAAGUGUGUGUGUAAAUGUGUAUAUAUCCUUCUGCUAGUGAGAACAUGCUUCAUUCUCAAGAAAUAUCUCUUUAUUAUGAAAGCAUUCAGUGUAUACCUGGUGGUACAAGUUAGUGGACCAAAAGACUGCCUUAGGACAAUUAGACUAUAACAUUUUUCUUUUGUAGCUAGAUUUAAAUAGUUCCAUUUUUUCUUUUUAACUUCAAAGCAUUGUUUAUUCUUUAUGUCAUGCAUACAUUGCAGAUUAGUUUCACAUUUCAACAAUGAUUACCUAAUAAAACGGAACAAUGAACAAUUGUGCCAUAUUCACAUGAAACGUGUUCUCUAAAUUUUAAUUCAGAAGCACAUUUCUAUUUCUCUUACUAUCUUUGGAGGAUGGGGGAUUUUGUUUCUCGCCCCAAUUUUAUUCAUCCCAGGAAUACUUUGUUGAACAAAAGUACUCUGAUUAAAAUCAUGAAUGUUGUGAACUGACUUCACAGAAAUAAAAAACCAAAUGAAAUUAAAAAAAAAAGACAAGCAACCUUAUAGAAUGGGUUCAUAGGGCAUACAUUUGAAAUUCAAUGUAGCAGUAUUUGUAUUUGAUCUUAAAUCCUGGUACUAAACUGUAACUGAAUGUGAUGGAAGCAUAAAUAUGUAUUGACAUGGAUUCUAUACUAUUUAUAUAAAGUUGUCAACAAAUGUGUUGAAUAUUUUGCCUACUUUCUUUUGAAAUGUUUUUUUUGGGAGAAAUUGACAGGUUCACAUUCUUAAAGAGACUAGUACUGCAACCAGACAUGCCAAUAACACUCAGUCUUAAACAAGGAAGGACAUGAAUUACAUUUCAAUUUUGUUGAAAAAAUAGAUAUUUCCUAUUCUAUUAAAUUUCAAUGAUCAAAGUUUGAUUGAAAAUUAGUAAAUCAUUACUGCAAUUGGAGAAAAGUGGGUCAGCAAUCAUAAGUCAUUUCUAAAUGAAAUAAAAAAAAAUGAUCUUUUUAUUUUGUGACUAAAAUAUAUUUGGCAUGUUUCUUUUAUUGAUCAUGUAAAUAAUUGUAGUUUAAGCUUACACUUGCUUAUCUAAUAAUGCAGAAAGUAGUUCUAUCAAAUCUUUGUGAGCAUACAAUUACCUAGAAAUAGAGAAGGCAAUCCAUGUCUAUACAUAUCUAUGUUCAACAGAAUUCAGUGUUUCUUAAAGUCACUUUAUAGCAUCAGCAAUUCCCCAAAGUCUGUUUGGCUAGGAUUGGGUAAGUGCUGAUCUGAUCUAGUGCACAUGUUGAGCAGUCCUUCCUGUUUUUCACUCACUGUUUUAGUGCAUCUUCUCUGAAUGUUUCAUGAUGGGACUGUACAAUUAAAGUGUGCUGAGAAUGCUUUUUUUUUUUUUUUUAUAACUUCUGUCUAUGAUGUUAACAUUAGGACAGAGACCUCCCUUCUGUUGAGUGAUUUUCUAGAGAACUGUGAUCAAGAUGAUUGAAAGAAUUAGUCUAACUUUUUAUCUCUUACUGCGCUCCCCCCUAUACAAUGCAGGGGAGCAUUUAACUAUUUAUUUCUUUGUGUGUAUAGUCUUGAGAAUUGGAUCAAAAGAUUUGACUUUAGUACAGAUGGUAACAAAUGUAAAUAAAUUUAAGUUUUCAUUUUU